AGACACCCCAUUUCCAUACGUAUCUCUCUCUCUCUCUCUCUCUUCAAAAUGGGGCCCCAUGUCCACUCCCACAACUGUCACUUAUUUUUCUCCUCCUAUCCCCCAACAACUGCAUUGUCAAAGCUCUCGCCUUUCACUUUCUCAACCCUUCUCUCUCUCUCUCUCUCUCUCUCUCUCUCUCUCUCUCCUUCACUCUUCCCCCUCUUCCACUUUUUUCAGUCUUUAAUGGCUGCCCGUAUGCAAUUCCUCCGCAAAAAGUAAAGGGUCGGUGCUAGAUGAGCAUUUGGGCCCUUCUUUAUGGCUGUCAAAGAUGCCACCAUAGAUUAUAUGAGAAAGAAGGCAAAGCCUUUGAUGCUUUUGUGGUGUUUGUCAGAAUUCGCCUGAAGAAUCUGAUUUGUGUUUUUUCUUGGGAAGUCUAGAGUUUUUCUUUUUUUUUUCCCUUUUUUGUUUCGUGAUUGGUGAGAAAGAGCAGAUCCCCUUGGUGUAUCAUGGUUUUGGUAUUGAAGAGUGAGGCUGUCAAAAGUUCUCGGUUUUGACGUCGAGUCCUUUGGCAUUUGGAAGAGGCUUCGAAGCAUUGGUUUUGUUCUUUAUGAGCUGGAAUUUGCAGGGUGACUUUGGAUUGCAUAUACUUUGAUUUUCAUGAGGGACAUUGGAUUGCUCCAGUGGAAGAUUGAGUUCGAUAACCAAGCGUUGGGAUCAUCAAAUGUGAAUUUCGUUACUUGGUUUAUUGAAGUUGAGUUUGAUUAUUGCCCAUUCAUAUUUCGAGAGUCAAUCUUAGCAUGUUUGCCUCACUCUGUGAUUUCUGUCAAGGGAUGGUGUGCCGCCAUCAUAACUCAAAAGUUUGUGAAGGAAUGCGUGUGACCAGACAUUAAGGCUUUAUUUUGGGAUGAAAAGGAAAGAAGAAGGCUUCCAUACCCUGCCCUGCUUAGAAUACCAUGUUGGGCUUUACUUCUGCAGAACGGAAACCUGUGGAGCUAAAAUAGGAAGUCACAGAGAUUCUGAGGGAGCUAUAUUUUAGCUUCCUCGGGACAAAAUCGAACUCUACAAUUUCAACUUUGAGAUUGAAUUUUUGGUUCAAUUGGGAUACAUGUGUGCUUGUGUGUGUGUGAGCACUGAGCAGUUCUCUGCAAAACCUCAUAAUAAGUUGUUCUCCUGGGGCAUGGAAAAAGAUGACGAAUUUCCUGUUAAUUGAUUUGGCAGUGAACUAAUUUUUGGAACUUUGAAGGAUGUGAUAGCGGAACUAUAGUGUUUUAAGUGUCGAGGUUGCUUUAAUUAAGACAAAAAACGUGUCAAAAUUUUGAAUCAACUUGCGGAAAUUGGAUUGGAUAUACCUUCAAUAUGACAAAGAGGUCAAAAAGGCGUGCGGUGAGGCAUGAAAGGGAUCAGUUAGGCUGCAUGUGGAGUUUCAUUAGUGUUUUGGAUUUUCGCCAUAGUAGUAGAUCCACUCGGAGGCUAUUAUCAGAUAGAAGGCGAGGAAGCAGCCAUGCUGGUGAUGUGCAACAUUCAGUGAAUAAGUUUGAAGUGUUGACCAAUCUGGAUGAGAAACUUGAAGUCACCCCGGAUGGUAAAGAGAGCUCAACAGUUGCAGCUGAUGGGGGAAGACCCAGUGUGAAGAUACUCAUGGAAGAAGAAAUGGUAGGCGAGCAUGAUGCAGAUAGUCAAGUGAAAGAUUCCAAACUAGUGUCCAAACAAUCUGAUUUGGGAGAUGAAGAUUGCAGAAAGAAAAACCGAAGAAGUAAGAAGUCUUCAAGGGGAAGCUACGACAUGGAUGCUGAUCUUUUGAAUGCCACUGAAAGCUUGGCAUCCAGACGGGCUGAUCUCGAUGUGAACCAGGACCGCACAAAUGGCCAUAAUGAAAGUACUAUAGCGGAGAACAUUUGUGGUGAGAUCUGUCAGGAAACUAUAAAUAAUGGAAAGCACCACAAUGAUGCCGAAGUACAGAUUCAGGUAAACUCGAAAGAUGCUGAUCUCAAAGAAAAAUUGUGCGAAGCAAUCAAGGAGUUGUUAAGUCAACAACUCAAAAGUGGGAAGCAUCUCACAGAGCAUGGAAGGACUCCCUUCUCUAAAGAAGUGGCUAAUGCGCUUCAGAUUCCGAACUUAAAUGAGGAAUCAUUUUCGAAACUCCUGGAAGAUCCAGAAUCAAUCUUGGUUAAAUACAUGCAAAGCUUGCAGGAUGCUCAUUUGAGGAGAGACACUUUGUCAGAGUCAUUUGCAGAUUCUAAUUUAUCAAAAGAGAAGCAUGACAAAUCCAAUGAAUCACCAGAGGUGGUUAAUCAUAAGUCUUACAAGUUCUUUAGAAGAAAUGUCAAGUCUCAUGAAACAAAGACACUCAGGGAGAUUGAGAAUCCUCAAACUUCUAAUAGAAUUGUUAUUUUGAAGCCUGGGCCAGCAGAAUUGAAAAACUCUACAGCUCUGGACAGCACCGACACACUUCUAGGGCAUGCGGCGAAUGUUGCCCAUAAAGGGCAGGCUGAGAAAGCAAGUAGGCUCUUUUUUAUUUCGGAGAUUAGGAAAAGAUGGAAAAAUGUGAUGGGAAAGGAGCACCAUGGCAGAUCUCCUGGUGGUAUUAUGAAAAGACUUCCUGAUGUCAUGGGAGAAAAUAAUGGGAUGAAUUCUCCGGGCAAAGAGCACUUUUACAUAGAGAAAAUUGCUAGACCUGUUGUGAAAAAAAGAGGAGAAAAGAAUGUAAAGCCUAGAGACUCUGAAGCAAACAAAGAAUAUGAAAAUGUUAAUGAGUCCAAGACAAGAGUGUCUAACAUCUACAUUGAGGCCAAGAAGCACCUUUCGGAAAUGCUGAGCAAUGCAGAUGAAGUGACAGACUUUUCAAGUGGGCAGUUGCCAAAAUCUCUCGGGAGAAUUCUCUCCCUUCCUGAAUACAACUCCCCUCUUGCUAGUCCAGGAAAGAUAUCGGAAAACAGCUUGGUAACUGCACAGUUAAGAUUUGCUGCCCAUCUCAGGUCUCCGAGGGUUGAUGAAAAUAAGGAGAGAAUAGAAGAAGCAAAUGAUAGCCAUCAAGGUCCUUCAGCUCCAAGUACAGAAAGUGAGUUGUGCAUUCUGGAAAGUUGUGAUAAUAAAAUCCAAACAUCCGACAAAAAUCGAACUCUAUCAGAUGAACCUCUUUCCAAUAAUGAGGUGGAAGAGACCUGUAGUCCGCACCUGAGUCCCAAAGGUAACACUGAAAUUCUUAUAGCAGUUGAUGAAACAGUCAAUGAAGAGCAUGUCUCCAAGGAUACUUCCACCGGCAGUGCUAGUCCAGCCAGCCUCCAAUGUGGUACAGAGGAUCAUUUGGCUGAAGAUAUUGAUGAUGAUUGUACUGAGCCUGAUCAUAAGAAAGAGGAGCCUCACUGCAAUGAUGAGCUACAUGCAUCUCCAUUUGCUUCCCCAUCAAGCUCUUCAACAACGCAGAAGCGUGUGGAUUUAGAAAUUGCUGUCGACAAACCUGAGAGACAAAGCCCUGUAUCUGUUCUUGAGCCACUGUUCAUGGAGGAUGACAUAAGUCCUGCAAGAACCGCAUCUCGAUCUGAACCAUCAAUACAACCACUGAAGAUCGAGUUCGAGGAUGAAAUGCCCCAUACUCCCAAGCAUGGUAUUCUUAUAAAAACAUCUGUGGAGGGCAAGGAAACAUUGUUGGGGUACGUAGAAGCUGUUCUGCAUGCCUCUGGCCUGCGCGGGCAGGAAUUUUAUUUGAGAUCAGAACUUUCAGACCAGCUUAUUGAGUCAUCAGUGUUUGAUGAAGUGGAUUUCUUCUAUGACCAACUUCAUUUUGACCAAAAACUUGUGUUUGAUUGCAUAAAUGAGGUCCUUCUCGAGGUCUAUGAGCAUUACUUUGGUUGUUCUCCUUGGGUUUCAUUUGUGAAGCCAAGCACUAAGCCAGUCCUUGACAUAAGAAGUACAAUCCACGAGGUGUGGGAAGGAGUUCACUGGCACCUCCUCCCACUCUCUCCACCUAGUAACUUGGAACAGAUUGUUAGAAAAGACUUGGUGAAAUCUGGGAAGUGGAUGGACCUACGUUUUGAUUCUGAAAGCAUUGGGUUUGAGAUGGGUGACACUAUUUUUGAUGAACUAAUUGACGAGACAAUCGACUGCUGCAUGGAGGACAGUUGAGGAAUUGUAUAUUGUUUCGGGUUGGAUGGGAUUUUGAAAAUGACCACAGCAUCAGCUUCAUUGACCUAUGUCUUUUUACAGCAUGACAAGUGAUUGACCCGGUGAGUUCCAAGAAAAGUCUUAUCAAGUCAUUAUUAGCUUUGCUUGACGGAGGGGUUUGGAUCAGUCUUCUUAAGCACAAAUGACACGACUCUCUCUAGCUUUUUCCUAGUUCCGUGUUUUAACUUGAGCUAGUUCAACCAACGCAAGAAGCGUCUGAGGCCGGUCGUCCAUGGUGUCUGUUUAUGUACAGACGAUGACUGGUUUUUGCAAGGAACAUGUUCUCCAUGUUGUUCCAAUGCUGAUGAUGGUUCUCAACUCUUAAUGCUGGUCCAUCUAGUCACUGCGGCCAUAUGCAUUUUUCUUGCCAUACUGUAAAGGUUAGGGUUCUUAUAGCCUCUUUUUUUUUGCUUUUUUGUGUGUGUGUCAUUUUCAUUUUCCCUUUCCAGACUUUUCCCGACAUCGUUUCAGGUUUGAUCUUUCGGUUCACCUUUUCCUUUGUUCUUCGUGUCCCUGGCGUUGCUAUUGCAAUUGCCGAGUUUGGAGUGGUGAUGAUGGUCGUGACUUUUCUUUCUUAGAUGUGUUUGUAUAGAAGGGAAACUAGGACUACACAAGAAGAAUGCUGUAAGUACUGUACAAGUUGUGAUUAACGUGCUUCAGAUUGCCGAAA